UCAGAGGAGGGGCGGGGCGUCCGGGGAGUGGGGCGGGGCUCCCGGUUCCAGGAGCGUUCGCCGCUUCGCGCGGGGUCCCGGAGGCCAAGGCAGCUCCCGCCCGCUGUCCCCGCAGUCCUCGCCGCGAGCGUCAUGGCCCAGCCGCCGCCUGACGUGGAGGGGGACGACUGUCUCCCCGCGUACCGUCACCUCUUCUGCCCGGACCUGCUGCGGGACAAAGUGGCCUUCAUCACAGGUGGCGGCUCUGGGAUUGGGUUCCGGAUUGCUGAGAUUUUCAUGCGGCACGGCUGCCACACGGUGAUCGCCAGCAGGAGCCUGCCACGAGUGCUAAUGGCCGCCAGGAAGCUGGCUGGGGCCACUGGCCGGCGCUGCCUCCCUCUCUGUAUGGACGUGCGAGCACCCCCAGCUGUGAUGGCUGCCGUGGACCAGGCUCUGAAGGAGUUUGGCAGAAUUGACAUUCUCAUUAACUGUGCGGCUGGGAACUUCCUGUGCCCCGCCGGCGCCUUGUCCUUCAACGCCUUCAAGACCGUGAUGGACAUCGACACCGGCGGCACCUUCAAUGUGUCUCGCGUGCUCUAUGAGAAGUUCUUCCGGGACCACGGAGGGGUGAUCGUGAACAUCACUGCCACCCUGGGGAACCGGGGGCAGGCGCUCCAGGUGCAUGCAGGCUCUGCCAAGGCUGCUGUGGACGCGAUGACACGGCACUUGGCUGUGGAGUGGGGUCCCCAGAACAUCCGCGUCAACAGCCUCGCCCCUGGCCCCAUCAGUGGCACGGAGGGGCUCCGGCGACUGGGUACGGCUCUCAGGGAGCCCAGGCCUCCCACAGAUCCUCCCCUGGGGCACAGGGUACCCAUGGAAGCUUCCAGAACCUUGGCAGGGGGUGGCCCCCAGGCCAGCCUGAGCACCAAGGUCACUGUGAGCCCGCUGCAGAGGCUGGGGAACAAGACCGAGAUUGCCCACAGCGUGCUCUACCUGGCCAGCCCUCUGGCUUCCUAUGUGACGGGGGCUGUGCUGGUGGCCGAUGGCGGGGCAUGGUUGACGUUCCCAAACGAUGUCAAAGGGCUGGCGGAUUUCGCAUCCUUCUCUUCUAAGCUCUAGGAUUCUUCCGGUCACUGCUUCCCUCUGCCUCACAGCCAGGUGGAGAGCACCAGUCUGAACCAGCAAUGCCCGCAGCCCAGCCCCUCCUCCGGACACUCAGCUAUUUCUGCACUCUCCCUCCCCAUGGUCCCAACUCCAGGGCAGGAGCAACUGGACAGUGGGCCUGGCCCGUGGAGCUGCCAUGCCGGUGUCUGAGGGCCAGGUGCCACGCAGGUGGUGCAGGUGCGGACAAGAUACUGAGAUGUCCCCUGCCCCGUGGUCAAGGCUGUCCUGCCUGCCUGGGUCCAGGGCCUGAGGGAGCCACAUGGAUCCUGAGACUUGUGUUCUCUUGGCUGAAAACACUGACGUGCUCCCGUCCGUGCGUGGCCCAUGAGCUGGGACGGGCCUCAGGCUGCCCACAAGGUCCGCCCCUCUGUCUCUGCACCACCUGUUUGCAUAAACAUACUUUGCUACAAUCUUGCUAGAUGGUGCAUUUUCUUAAAAGAUAAUCUAUUUACUGUAAAAAUAAACUGGACUUUGCAAAAGCUUUUAGAAGGAAAAGAGCAUUAAAGAGAAUUGCUGGUAA